CAUGCCAUGCCAUGUCUGCCAUGUCAUUUAUACCUGCCUAUUGUGUACGUGCGCGGGUGCACUGGAUAAGCGUGUUUCGCAUUCGUAACCUAACAAAGAAAUUCACAACAUAUACUUAGUCAAAGCCGAAGAAUAUAAAAUCAAAGUAUUACAUACAAAUUAGAAAUCAAGUUUUUAUUAAAAUAUUGUAGUGUACCGUAUAGAGAAAUGGUGAUUUCAUGACAUAUUGGAUUGUUCAUGUUGAAUUUCAUAUUAUUUCGCUCGUCUAACCCGUGUCCUAUCGGGUGCCUGUCGAUUUGUUAACAUUUUUAUAUGUGUGAAAGGUAGUGGCUCUGGUAGUGGAUCAUGAAUUUCACGGUUCAUGUCACUGAAUUUAAUCGCUUAUCUUUACCGAGAUUUAUAUCGAAACGAACAACACGUUUUAUAUAGCUGUUUCCAAUGUACAGACAUUAAAAUUUGAGUUAUUCUAUUAUUACUAAAUAUAACCUUAAAUAAACGCGUGGCUAUGUGCUGACUUCAAUAUUCAAAUCUUUUUAUUUAUUGCAACUUUUGAUAUAUCAUUUACAGAGUACCACUGUAGAACAAUUUUCAGUAUAUAUCUACUGUGAAAUAUAGUGCCAUGGAAGCAAGAUUUCUAAGUUAUCACGAUGGAAAACAUUUUUCGGACUUCUCGUUGUCCCUAGAACAGAAUGUAGUUGAAAAACCUCAAGAUUUAUUAAUGCACAUGGUUGAAAAUGAUUUUGAUUAUAUGGAAACGCAUCUUGAAAUCACAAAUUCUGAUAACUUGUGGAAUAAUGAACAUAAGCAUGAUGAAGAUGACGAAGAAAUGUCAAAUUCAGAUGUUUCGACAAUAUCUAAAAUGGAUAGCAUUAAGGAAGAUUUUGCAAAAGUUCUUACAGAAUGGCAAGAACAUAUCGGUUACUUACAGGCUACGGACAUGGACGAAUAUAUGGAUAUUGUAGAAUUAAAUACGAAUACUACGGAUGAAAGAAGUCUCUCUAGUACAGAAAAUAUAUUUCAAGAUGAACAAACAGUGCAUGAAUCUAAUCAUCUUUUAUUACAACAAGAGGAUGUAGAAGAAAAACCUGUUUCUAAUCAGAAUACAUCAGAUUCAAAACGCAGAAAAGACUCAUAUAAUAAAAUAAAGGGGAAGGUGAAAGAUAAUGGGAAAGUACAACCAGAAGUUAAAUCAGAACUAAUACAGCCUAAACACUCAAAAUGUAAAAGUAAAUUGAAAAAGAACAUACGUAAAUAUGAUAGUGUAGGGAUUGAUACAAGUGCGAACUUAUUUACAAAGCAGAGGAGGAAAAAAAAGGAGAAGUCAUUAACGCAUAAUAAAAAUACACGAAAUAAUGACCAGGAUAAUAAAGAGCCUGCAAAUCAAAUGCCAGUUUUGGAAGCUGGAGAUGUUAAAAGUUUACUGGAACAAUUUGAAGCUUCUGAAGACGCUUUAAUCACGAGUUGUCCUAAUAAUAAAACAAACAUAAAAUGUAAGACGAAAUCGCCAAUUAAAUGCAAUGAAAUUCAACGUAAACAGGCAAAGGAAUCACAAAUUUCAAAUUUACAUAAAAAUAUUCGAGAUGCAUUACCGAAGGAAGUAAUUGAUAAGAUAAAGACAUCUGCUUGUAAAAGGACGACUUCAGUAAUACCAACAAUACCUAAUAUUGAGAAUAAUAGUCGCACUAAUGGAACACGUAUGCAGGAUGCAGCUGCAUCGCUUCUCAGCGCGCAAAACAAACUUUUGAAUACAGUCACAGAUAAUACUAAAAAUAAGAUUACUGAUGGAGGACUAGUUCAGCUGGAUCAUGAUUAUUGUAGUACUAGUUCCUCUAUUAAUAAUGUGGAUAAUAAUUGUGAAUAUGAGAAAUGUAGUGAUAGUGAUAAAGUGACUAUACUUAGGAAUGAUAGUCAGCGGCCGUGUCUUUAUUAUACGGUAUAUGAAAAACAAUCGUUUUCAUCGAAUUCAAAUACGAGUCUUAUAAAAAAUAUAGAUUAUUCAACUGAAAAUAAUUCGAAAAAAGACAGUGGUUUAGAAUCAGGUGAAGUAAGUGAUAAUAGUGAAGAACAGUCAGGCGUUAGCACAGUUAGUGAUGUUCAAAUUCAUAAACCUGUAAAAGAAUUACAUAGUGGAAUAAAUGAUUGUAAAAACGAAGCAUCAAGAAAUCAUAAAAGCCAACAAGAUAUUUCGAAUAAUGCUUCAAAUUGUAGUACUAUCCACAUUCAGCCUGUGUCAUCAAGUAAUCCAUUACCAGAGAUGAAAAUACAAUCUGUACUAGCAACAAAUAUUUUGCAAUUACGGCAAAGUGUUCUAAAUAAAACAAAAUCCGUGCAAGCAGGAACUCAGAAAUCAAAACAAAUGGUUUCGGUGUUAAAAAGAUCUAUUAACGCACAACAGGCACCCGUUGUGAAGGAUAAUAAUGAAACUGCAGUAACAACUAUUACUAGUUCAAAUCAUAAAGUACAGAAUAUUAUUGUUCAAAAGAGUGAAGAGAAACUGGUGCAGGAAGAAGAAAAAAAACCUCCACGGAAGAAGUUAAAUUUAGCAGAGUACCGAAGUAGAAGAGAACAAAAUCGUAGUGAUAAUAGUAGAACAAAUUCACCGUUACAACGUAUGAUACUAGUUUACGUUCAUCAUGCUUCCACUACGACUGAGCCUAUUAAAGAUGAUCCGAAAAAUUUGAUUUGGUCAGAGAGGGAAAUUGUAUCAAUUUUAAAGCCAAAAGUAGAAAUAGAUGAAGCAAAAGAGCGUUCAAAACCUCCCACUUGCGAUGUAGGAAUUCAAACAUAUGAAACAGUAUUUGAAUUUCCAACAAAAUCUUUAAUUGAUGUUGAUGAGAGACGUGAACAAAGCAGAAAUAAGGAUGUUCAAGAUGAAAAUAGAAAAUCUUGUGAAAGGCACAGAUUUAAUUCUAACUCAAGCCGAUCUAGAUCGAGAAGCAAAACCAGAAGCAGAAGUAAAAGUAGAAGCAGAGGCAGAAGUAGAAGUAGAAGUCGAAGCAGAAGCAGUAGUAAUCAAAGUAAAUCUUGCAAACGUAGUAAUACACGUCGUCGAAGAAUAAGCCAUCGACGUAGUUCUGUCAGCUCAAAUAGCAGUUGGUCUUCGCGUUCGUAUUCACAUUCGCGUUCGCGCAACUCCCGUUCACAUUCUCGCUCGUGUUCGGGUAUGAGAUCUAGCUUCAGUUCAGAAUCAAGAUAUUCACGAUCACGUUCCAGAUCGUCUAGAUCAAGGUCUCGAUCAUCUCGAUAUUCUAGUUCUUCUAGAUCUUCAUCAAAUUUCGACAGAAGCAACUGGUCAAGAAGAAGACGAGACAGAGAAUAUCAUAGAAGUUAUGAUAGACGUAGACAGAAUUCUAUGAGCAGUUAUCAUAGUUAUAAGGAUUGGAGGAGAUCACCAAGUAAUGCGUAUCGACGAUCUUAUGAGAACUGGUAUGAUCGAGAAAAACAGAGACAAGUAGAAGAGCGGAGAGUGAUCUACGUUGGUCGCUUGGCAGAAGGAAUUACAAAAGCUGAUUUACGCAGGAGAUUCGAAGCCUUCGGACCAGUAGUAGAUAUUAGUAUACAUUUCCGCGAACAUGGGGACAAUUACGGUUUUGUAACUUUUGCUCAUAAAAAUGAUGCUUAUGAAGCAGUUGAACAUGGCAACGAUGAUCCCAGUUUACCUAGAUAUGAUUUAUGCUUCGGCGGACGCCGUGCUUUUUGUAAAGUGAAAUAUGCCGAUCUUGAUGGUAUGGCGAGCAAUUCACUUUGUAAUGGCGGCGGUGGCGGCGGUGGCAGCCGUGGCGUCCGUGGCAUGUUACAAGAUAACGAAGAUAACACGUUCGACCUUCUGCUAAAAGAAGCGAAAGCAAAAUUACGUAAAAGGAAGGUUUGACAUACGUACUGUUUCUUAGUUGUAAAUGUAAUUAAAAUGAAAAACAGUAGCACAGAUGUCAACAUCAAUAAGAAUUUGGAACAAAGAUAAAAUGGAGAGAUCUAUACUGGUAUUUUCCAACAAUAGAAAUAUAGUGAAAGUUACAUAAUUGUUAAUAGAUUAUAAAUACGUGUUGCGAUACGGCAUCUAUAACGAAAUUAACAGUUCAUAUUGAAUUUCAUUGGAUAGUCACUUAAUCCGUUUUGAUAUUUCCGUAAUGAAAGUAUUAAAUUUUUCUGUAUGAAAGUCUGUUUAGUUAAGUAUACAUAUAUAUAAAUAGAUUUAUUUUACUCAUGGUUUUAUAGCUAAUUUAUUACAGUUAAUACAAUAUUAAUUACUAGGUCUCAAAUUUAGGAGAAUCUAAGUUAAGCAAACAUGUCUAAAUUUAAAUAUCUUUUAACUUGAAAGAUAUGAAUCAUCAUCAAACAUAAUACAUACCUUUCAUAUAGAAAAGUAAAUAUAUUUCUAUUAUAUUGAAAACUAUUAUAUAUUAAUAGAAUAUAUCAUGAACAAAAUGUUUAGCUCAUCCUUAUUGCAUGUAUUAAAGUAUCUAUACGUUUUACAUAGAAAAAUGCAGUACAACAGGUAAUCGAAUCUGAUAAAACAUUUACACUGAUUUGAAUAGUUAUAAUUAUUUAAGUUAUAUUUUACCAUGAUGUAACAUAGAUCGAAUCUAGAAUGUAUAACGAGUGGACUAGUGUACAUU